AUGAGUAGCAUCCUACACACCGAGCCGCUGUGCGGGGAGAUCCCGCUGCUGGUCCCUGGAAGCCCCUACUCAGUCGUGGUUCUGCUGCAGGGCUUUGCGGAUCCCCAGGGAUUUGGCGGCGCUGUGCGUGCCGAUGGUUCCGUGACCCUUAUCCUGCCCAAGGACUGGACCCUCGUCUCCAGCCGCCGAGAUCCCCCUUCCAAGGAUGACGGAGUGAAGACUGCCCUGGAGCGUGCAGCCCUUGGCCCUAUGAUCGUGGACACAGGGGGUCCCUGGGCUCGGGAAGCGCUCUUGGGGGCCCUCGCAAGGCAGAAUGUGGCCCCUGGAGACGUGACUCUAGUGGUGGGGACCCACGGGCACUCUGAUCACAUUGGGAACUUGGGACUGUUCCCGGGGGCAGCUCUUCUGGUCUCCCACGACUUCUGCCUCCCUGGGGGUCUUUACCUACCCCACCGAUUGAGUGAAGAACAGCCCCUGCAGCUGGGGCCGGGUCUCGAGGUGUGGGCCACCCCAGGCCAUGGAGGUCAGAAAGACGUGAGCGUGGUGGUGGCAGGCACAUCCCUGGGCACCGUGGCUGUGGUGGGCGAUGUAUUUGAAUGUAAUGGAGACGAGGACUCCUGGCAGGCAUUGAGCGAGGACCCCGUGGCCCAGGAGCGGAGCCGGAAGAGAGUCCUAAGUGCUGCAGACGUGGUCGUGCCUGGUCAUGGAGCCCCCUUUAGAAUUGUUAGGGAGGCUUCAGAGCCCGAGACAAAGGGUGGGCAAGAAACUCUACAGGAGCCCAAAGCCGGAGGUGAGGAAUUCACUUCGCACUGGAAGUGCCAGGAAGGAGCUGGACUGUUGUGA